AGGGGCGUAAAAUAAUCCGCCAUUUUGUCCCAAUAAUUUCGUUAAAAUAAAAUUAUAAAUCGUAAAUAACCAAGCUAAUCUCAACACGAAAUAUUUUUUUGAUAAACAGUGCAGUGUUUCAGGACCUGUGAUAAUUUUGUGUGGAACUAUUUUUUGUUUACGUUCAGUUUGACGUUUUAUUGUUGGACGAUUUUGACGUCGAAAAGAAAGAGCUCCUCUAAAUAAAUCAAAAUGGGCACAAGAGAGGACGAAUACGAUUAUUUGUUCAAAGUGGUGCUGAUAGGAGACUCCGGAGUAGGGAAGUCCAGUCUGCUCUCGCGUUUCACUAGAAAUGAAUUUAAUUUAGAGUCCAAAUCUACAAUUGGUGUGGAAUUUGCCACUAGAAGUAUAGAGGUGGACGGCAAGACCAUAAAGGCCCAGAUCUGGGACACGGCGGGCCAGGAGCGGUAUCGCGCGAUCACGUCCGCAUACUACCGCGGCGCGGUGGGGGCUCUCCUGGUCUACGACAUCGCGAAGCACCUGUCCUAUGAGAAUGUGGAGCGGUGGCUGCGCGAGCUCCGUGACCAUGCUGACCAGAAUAUACUGAUCAUGCUGGUGGGGAACAAGAGCGAUCUUAGGCACCUCAGAUCGAUCCCGACGGAGGAGGCGAAGGCGUUUGCGGAGAAGAACGGCCUUAGUUUUAUUGAGACGUCCGCCCUCGACUCCACCAACGUGGAGCCUGCAUUCCAGAACAUUCUCACUGAGAUCUACAGGAUCGUCUCUCAGAAGCAGAUGCGCGACCCGCCCGAGGGCGACGUGAUCCGCGCCGACGUGGAGCCCGUGGACGUGCGGCCGCAGGACAGCCGCAAGCAGUGCUGCCAGUAGACAGAGUCCAUUAAAUCCUGGAAGGCGAAAGAAGUAAGCGUGUAUGGAACACUAAAUGCAAUCAACAGGAAUCAUUCCCAUAUAAUGGUCAAAGCGACGUGAAAACAUGAAUAUAACUAAUGCUCAAACCUGUCUGCCCUUCUUUCAAGAUUACUGACGUUAGAAGUGAUAAUUCAUCUAUGGUAUUUGUACGUAGGAUCGUGUAGUACGAAUGGUUGCCUAUUUUUCCAGGCCGAUUUUAAUAGCAGUCUCUCUAAUAGACUCAAGACAAAUAUCUCAACUUAAUUAACUGCCAUUUAGGGUUUAUGACUUUACUGUAAUAUUUUGUGAAGCAAUCAAUAUAACAUAAUCAUAGCUAAGUCUUAAACUAUACAAGCCUAAUAAGAAUUCCUUUAACAUCUUAAAUAUUCUUCUAAUUAUGGUCUAAAAUAUUUAUGUGUAUGAUGUUAAAAGUAAGUUAUACUUGCAUCGAACUAUUUGUAAUAUUAUAAUCGCAAAGUUUGUUAAGUUGAUGUUUGUGGAAGUAAAAUGUUGACUGUAAAUGCGAGAGAUAAUUUUUGUAAGAAAGGCAUAAAGAACAGCGGUACAAAAAUGGGAAAAGUGGUCUUGAAAUAAUGGCAGAUAUUCUGAGUGGCAAUAAAUUCGUCUGCAGUAAGUGGCUCAUGUAGAUAGCUUUGUGUAUAAUUAUUGAUAUAUUAGUGUCCGAACGAAUAAAAUUAACAUACUAAUAACGCGAACACCACGGUUUUCUAGUGCCCAGCUUAUGUUGUAGACUAGCACCUAAACUUUAUUUGGCGCUCCUAGGUCUUAAAAUUAAUACACACCGCUGUGUUAAAUUAUUCGUGGUAAAUUUUAUUAUUUAGGGGAACAACUUGUUUCGUUUUAGUAGAUAAUUCAUAUUAUAUCUAUUUAUUUAGUUAAUUAAAAGUUAUUUGAAGGCUAGACUACGGAAACUUUAUUUUAAUCGUUACAAGUUCAUCUGGUAAAAUGGAUUGAAUGGCUGACUACAUAAGUAUGCAAUAUCGUUGUUUGGAUAUCAGAAAGGUAGCAAUGUUGUUGGAAUCGCAACUCAAGUAACUUUGAGAUAUAGAUUUUUUGUGUGCAAACUGUCAUAGACGAUGCUUACACCAGCCACUUAGCAAAUGAUGAACUUAUAUUUUCAAUGCUACACAAUAGUAUCUAAAGUGAACUAUCAAAACUAGUCACAAAACUCUGCUUCUAUGGCCGUUUGCAUCGCACCUAGAUGUUGCUAAAUAACAAGAUAGCUUUUAAAAACAUGUUUUCGUUUACUGAUGUGCCUUCUCUGACGUGUAUUUCUUUUAAGCUUGUUUCUUUAGUCCGCUGUUAAUAUUAAAAAUUGAAAAUGUAUAUUUGGUGUUGCAAUAAUGUGUUGGGGAAGGUUGUAGGGGGCGCUGUAGCAGCACUUCUCUGAAUACUCAUUCUAGACGAGGGGUGUUCGUGCCAUGAGGCCCCGGGGGUCACCGUGCCCCGCCGGGGUCGCUAGCCUCCCCGGCCUGAUUCUCGCCGGACAGACAAUCUGAUGGCCGGUACGUUUUCCCACGAGCCGGCAUUAUACGCUCGUUGUAACUAAGGAUUAUUAUAAUUGUAUUAUGGUCUUACAUAUGCAUGGUUAUUUUUUUAGUGCCUAUCUGUAAUUACUUUAUUAAAGACAAAGAUAAUAAAAAAAUAAUGUAAAU